GCCAAACUCAGAACCUGGAGGAAGGCGGAGUGACUGUAACUCUAGAGGAGGUGUGUGAGUGAGUGAGUUAGCAUCAUACACUGUUAGCACAGACAGGCUAUACACACACAGGCGCGUCAGAGAGCUAGCUAGCCAAAGCUAAACAUGCUCUCCAUCACAUCCAGCGUCAUUCAGAGAACCAGUGUGGUCCAGUGCGCUGUCAGGCUGCUACACCGCUCAGCUACCGUCAACAUGCCCAUUCAGGUUGGUGAACAUCUCCCCGCAGUGGAGGUCCAGGAGGGGGAGCCUGGAAACAAGGUGUCCAUGGAUAAGCUCUUUAAGGGGAAGAAAGGCGUCCUCUUCGCUGUACCUGGAGCUUUUACCCCUGGUUGUUCCAAGACUCACCUCCCAGGUUUUGUGCAGCAGGCCGAGGACUUGAAGAGUAAAGGUAUUCAGGAAGUUGCUUGCAUCUCUGUCAAUGACGCAUUUGUCAUGGCUGCAUGGGGAAAGGAGCACGGAGCAGAUGGCAAGGUUCGAAUGCUGGCUGAUCCUACUGGAGCAUUUACAAAGGAAGUUGACCUGUUACUUGACAAUGAUCAGAUUGUUCAGGCACUUGGUAACAAGAGAUCCAAGAGAUAUGCCAUGUUGGUGGAAGAUGGAGUCGUGAAGAAGAUCAAUGUGGAGCCUGAUGGCACCGGACUCACCUGCAGUCUGUCUUCCAACAUUCUGUCUGAGCUGUAGGCUUAGGCAGAGCUCAAUAACACAAACUGCAAACCUUGAGUCACUGUAAAAGUUGCACUAGUAAAACCCACUUAUCAACUCCCCCAAGUUUACCCCUUUUCCAAAGAAUUAUGCAAAUGCCAUGUGGAUACUAGUGUCGAGCAACACAGCUAAAAGGAAAUUAAUGCGCACAAUUAUUACACAAAAAGCAAUGUAAUGGAACUUGCAUUUACCUCUGUAUCUUGUCUAAUGUGAGUAAAUAAAAAUGAUCCCUUAAGCAAUAA